UAUCCCGGUCACGUGAUCCGACACCAAGCAGCUGUGCAGAUUGGAGCGGUCAGACAACAGGAGUCGCAGACGCAGAACGCGUACGGUCUCGCACCCACCACCUCUAAAAAAACAACAACACCUGUAUACCGGUGAAACCGUGUCCACGGGACGACAUGAGGGUUCGAGCGUCCUUAACGCUACUUUUUUGGGCGGUGUCGACUCUGGCUGUCGAGGUGCCUACAGACGAUUCGAUGGGACUGCUGGCUGAGCCCCAGGUGGCCAUGUUCUGCGGGAAACUCAACAUGCACGUCAACGUGCAGAGCGGCAAGUGGGAAACAGACCCCUCAGGCACCAAGAGCUGCGCCGAUACAAAGGAGGGCAUCCUGCAAUACUGUCAGGAGGUUUAUCCCGAGCUCCAGAUUACCAAUGUGGUGGAGGCCAACCAGCCCGUCAGCAUCCAAAACUGGUGCAAGAAGGGCCGCAAGCCGUGUCGCAGUCACGUGCACAUUGUGGUGCCCUACCGCUGUUUGGUGGGAGAAUUUGUGAGCGAUGCCUUGCUGGUUCCUGACAAGUGCAAGUUCUUGCAUCAGGAGCGCAUGUACCAGUGCGAGAACCACCUGCACUGGCAUACCGUGGCCAAAGAAUCCUGCACGGACCGCACCAUGAACCUGCACGACUACGGAAUGCUCCUCCCGUGUGGCAUUGACCGUUUCCGAGGGGUGGAGUUUGUGUGCUGUCCGACGGAGGCUGAGCGCGACGCUGAGAGCGCCGAGCGGGACGCCGACGAUUCUGACGUCUGGUGGGGCGGAGCAGAGACAGAUUAUUCCGAUAACAGUAUGGUACGAGAGCCAGAGCCAACGGAGCAGCAAGAGGAAACCAAGCAAUCUGUGGCGCAGGAGGAAGAGGACAAGGAAGAAGAUGUGCUGGACAACGACAGAGAUGGCGACGGAGAUGAGGACGAGGAGGAUGAAGAGGCGGAGGAUGAAGAAGACAUGGCCGACGCGCUCGAAGACGACGACGACGACGAGCCGGCCGCCAAUGUUGCCAUGACGACCACCACUACCACCACCACCGAGUCAGUGGAGGAGGUCGUGAGGGAUGUGUGCCAGUCCAGCGCAGAGACCGGUCCGUGCCGGGCCAUGCUGCCCCGCUGGUACUUUGACCGGCGGCACGGCCGCUGCGCUCAGUUUAUCUACGGCGGCUGUGGAGGCAACAGGAAUAACUUUGCAUCCGAGGAAUACUGCCUGUCGGUCUGCAGGAGCGUCAUCCCCACAGCCACACCUGGCUCCCCUGACGCCGUGGACCACUACCUGGAGACACCCGCUGAUGAAAAUGAGCACACCCAUUUCCAGAAAGCUAAAGACGGCCUGGAGGCCAAACACCGAGAAAGGAUGUCCCAGGUGAUGAGAGAGUGGGAAGAGGCUGAGAGGGAUGCAAAGAAUCUUCCACGCGCAGACAAAAAGGCAGUUAUCCAGCGUUUCCAAGAGAAGGUGGAGACACUGGAGCAGGAAGCAGCCAGUGAACGUCAGCAGUUAGUGGAGACCCACAUGGCCCGAGUGGAAGCUCUUCACAACGACCGCCGGCGUCUGGCUCUGGAAAGCUACCUGACCGCCCUGCAGCAGGACCCACCCAGGCCUCGUCACGUCUUCAGCCUGCUGAAGAAGUACGUGCGCGCCGAGCAGAAGGACAGACAGCACACCCUCAAACACUUUGAACACGUCCGUAUGGUGGACCCCAAGAAGGCGGCGCAAAUCAGGCCUCAGGUGCUGACACAUCUUCGUGUCAUUGAGGAACGCAUGAACCAAUCGUUGGGACUUCUCUACAAGGCACCUGGUGUGGCUGAUGAUAUCCAGGAUCAAGUUGAGCUUCUUCAGAGGGAACAAGCAGAGAUGGCCCAGCAGCUGGCCAACCUGCAGACAGACGUGAGGGUGAGCUACGGUAACGACGCACUGAUGCCCGACCAGGAGCUGGGAGACGGACAGACGGAGCUGCUGACUCAGGAGGACACGCUGGGCUUGGGAGGAAUCGGCUUUAUUCAUCCCGAGAGCUUUAACCAACCAAACACUGACAACCAAGUUGAGCCUGUGGACUCCCGCCCCAGUCUUGAUAGAGGCGUCCCCACACGGCCAGUAACCGGAAUGAAGAUGGAAGCUAUUCCUGAACUCCGAAUGGAAAAGGGCGACCGACAGAGUACGGAGUAUGAAGUUCACCACCAGAAGCUGGUGUUCUUUGCCGAGGACGUCGGCUCCAACAAGGGCGCCAUAAUCGGCCUGAUGGUCGGCGGCGUUGUCAUAGCGACAGUGAUCGUCAUCACCUUGGUGAUGCUGAGGAAGAAGCAGUACACUUCUAUCCACCACGGAGUCAUCGAGGUGGAUGCCGCCGUCACCCCCGAGGAGCGCCACCUGUCGAAAAUGCAGCAGAAUGGCUACGAGAACCCCACCUAUAAGUUCUUUGAACAGAUGCAGAACUGAAGGGAAUGUCACGCUCGUUCACACAUUUCAUUCCACACCUUAAGCUCCUUCCCUUUUCCCAUAUUCGAGUGAUGUCAGCAGUACGGCAUGGAAUGAACUGGUUUCUUCCAUUACCGCCUGGGACCUAGUACGCUAUUUUGUACUAGGUUUAUUCACUUUAUUUUUAUUUCGAGAGCUUUUAUCCCACUCCCUAAACGCACUGUAAACUCGUUUGAUGCUGCCUGUCCUCCCAGUUCAAAUGGAUUGGACAUCUGUCGCCGUCAAUGGCAGCCAGCGAGUUGAGAGACUUGUUCUGUCUAAAGCUAUCUGUCGGCCAUUUCGAGUCGGUUUCAUUUGAUAAAAUGAUAGUCAAUGGAGCGUGUCUUUCAAACUAGCUAUAAAAUGAAACAUUUUAAAUCAAUUCAUGUUUAUUUUAUUUUGCAUGCAACGUAAACGGUAGCCACAUUAAUAUAGUCUGUUAUAAACUAAACUGUCUGAAGAUCUGAUUAAAUUUGGUUAAGAGCAUUUUAGUGCAGAAAAUCUCUUACCUUUGGGUCACCGCUAAGGAGUCAGCCUGGCAAGUCCACUGACGCAAGCUGGCCUCCGGUCACUAACGAUGCAGACUCUCAACUAUUCAUAUCAAAUCAAACAGGUGGAAAUGUAACGUUCAGGGGUUGUAAUGAGCGCUGUGAGCCAAACUGGACGGCGGUGAUAGCUUGUCGGCCAUUUUGUGUCAGUGCAAGUACGGUAAACAUACUAUUACAGUCAAGGAGCGUGGGCUUUGAAAUGGCUAGAAAUUGUUCAAAUUUUCAAGAUCCUACGUUGCCUAUAUAUUUUGUCCAAUUCACAUAAUCUUCACAUUAAAAACAAACACAAACAUCAUUAUUUUUUUAGAAAAAUAAAACCUUAAAUUGCCCAAAAGACAACAGAAAGUGUUCUGAAAUUAACAGAGUGACCCAGGAAUACCUUAAAAUAAAUAGGAAGUGACCAUUAAAUGGUGCAAAAUAUACAAGUAGUGACCCAAAAUCAACAGGAAGUUAUUCAGAAAAGUGGGUGACCUAGGAAUGCCCGGAAGUGAUUUGUAAAUGCCCCAAAAUGAAUAGGAAGAGACCCAGAAUCAACAGGAAAUAAUCCAAAACAGAAAAAAAUCCCAGAAUCAACAAUAAAUGACCCAAGAAUUCCCCAAAAUCCCCAUGGAUUGAUCCUUUUUUUUUUUUUUUUUAAAGGCACAGAAUUAACAAGAAGUGACCCGUAAAUUCUCCUAAAUUCACAGGAAGUGACCCUAAAUCAACGGGAAAUGACCCAAAAAAUUUUUAAAAAAUCAACAGGCAGUACCUGUAAAUGCUGCAAAAUAUAAAUGAAGUAACCCAAAAUCAACAGGAAGUGAUUCAGAAUGAAUAGAAAGUAAUUUAGGAAUGCCUCAAUAUAAAUAGGAAGUGGCCCGAGAAUUCUCCAAAUUAACAGGAAAUGAUACAAAACAAAAAAAUCGCAGGAAGUGGCCAAAAUCAACAGGAAAAAACCCAGAAAUGCCCAAAACUGAACAGGCAGACGUGACCAGGGAAUUGCCCCCCCCCCCCCCCCCCCACACACACACACACAAAUGAACCCAAAUCCACAGGAAGUUACCUCUAUAAGCCCCAAAAUCAACAGGAAGGGACUCGAGAAUUCUCCAAAAUAACUGGAAAUCAUCCAAAAUCAACAGAAAAUGAUCUGUAAAUGCCCCCAAAUCACCAACCAGACCAAGCAUCUUCCGAAUUUGCAUUUUCUAGUUAAUUUAAAAGCAGUUAAAACCACUCCUUGUGUUUCCAAAAUAAAACCUAGUCCAUUUCCUGCAAUACUGCUGGCACUCUACUCUCUACACUGGAGAAUAAUUCCCAUAAUUAUCACCCCUACUCCUCUCCUGCCCUUCCUCUAUCCUCUUUUUGUGCAUUCUUAUGACAGCUGGACUGUGUUAGGUCACACAAGGCUCUUAAGGUUAAAUAUAGGGAGAUGAUAAUGAACAGGUUGAUGCUAGUAAUCAUGUAUUCUGAAUGAGCUGUUUUGAAUUUGGGUUUUCCUCAAUGGGUUCCAUUUUGUUUUUCAAAAAAGACUGAAAACUUGAGUAAAAAAAAAAAAGCUGUAAAGUCAUUUUUUUAAACUUGUGUGUGAUGUACUGAAGUAAUGCUGUAGUCGUUCCUAUGUAGUGCAUGACAAAAAAAAAGACAAGAUUUUGAAAAAAAAAAAAAAACACUGCUCUUGAACGUCUCACUUAUCGGUUAUGCUAGCAAGAUAGUACGUUUCGUAUCUUCUCGUGAUCGCGUGACUUCAAACCAUGAUGAAAAAAUAUAUAUAAAUGUAGAUGAACAGGCUGUGCUUUGGUAUUUAAUACACACUUGCGAAUUUUGAGGUUUUUUUUUUGUUCAUUUCAUUUGUUAAAUGUUUUUUUCCCUGAUGUUGGAAGAGGAGCUGCCUUCAUUUUUACAUUAUUUUCAUUUCAUGAGUCCCAGCCCGUAUUUGUUCCUGUUUUUUCUUUAAGUCACUGGCUGCCAUUGACGGCGAUAGACGUCCAGUCAGUUUAAAGUGGAAGGGAAUGUUCAUUCUCUGCCUUUUCUCCCACUUCCAACGAAUUGGACGUCUACUAGUGAUAAAGUCAUUUCAAUUUACAGCAGAAGCAUGAAAAUGUCUACCAAGAUGGCCUCAGGGCGGCCAUGUUGGUAGAAAGCAGGUUACAAAAGCAUAUCCUCCGAGUCGGGUUCAUGUUGAAUUUUUCUUCGAUAUCGGAUUGGUUGGCAUGCUUUCAUGCUAGUGCUCACAAGAAGCACGACAGACUGAAAUGGAAACAAAAGUUUUUCCUUUGUUGAUUGCAUUGUUUUUGUUAGCUAUGUAACAUUCUGCAGGCCGUUUGCAUUGAAUGGGGAAACGCUUUCUACACUCUGUUCCAUAAUAAAGUUUUGAAUGUACCAACAAA